CAUAGCUGCCAUGGUAAAUACUUGCUGUACAAAUAGUAUUAUAACUCUCCGAGGAACAAUUAUUUCAGCUGCACAAGAACAAUGUCCACAAAACCUUUAAGUCCCGGGGUAGCUUUGCAGUAUGAGCAAGAAUAUUAGAUAAUUAUAAAUUUACCACAAACUGUGGAUACCACACACUCUGCCUUAAAGAGGCAAGAGGAUGAUAUUUUCUUCCCUUGAGAUUAGACUACUGUACAUAGUUUAAGUCCCCCCUGGCCUAUUUAUAGUGUUGGCCCUUGCAACAAUGUCAUCUGUAACUUGACUCCAUCUGUUAAGUCAGAGCACAUUGAAUGUCACUUGCCAGAAGCAGAAGCGCUGCAGUUCACUUCCCACAGUCUCGCAGACAGCCCCAUGGAGUUUGUGGGACAACCGAGACCAUCUGGGGCCUAUAGCCUCUUAGGAGUGCCAGGCCUCAACACCUUGGACCUGGAUGUUGAUGAUGACGAGGGUGAGGUGGUGAUCGGUAUAAGGCCCAAAUCUUCUCCACUCCCGCGGAGAAAGAGCUCUGUCUCUGAUGAAGACUCAGAGCCUGAGCCGCCCCUGUGUGCAUCCAGGCGAGUGUCCUUUGCAGACGCCAAAGGUCUCAGUUUGGUGCAGGUGAAGGAGUUUGAAACCUGGGAUGUACCCAAGCUGCCAGGAUAUGACUCUGAGUGUGAAGGUAAAAAUGAAGAGGAAUAUUUCCUAUCUCCUGUCACUUUCUCCCUUCCAUUACCUUCCAAGGAACUGUUCUUCAAAGUCCAGGAGCAGAAAGUGGAGUUGGAGACCAUCGAGAUACUUCCAGGGACCACGAUACUGAAGGGAGUCGUCCGUGUCCUGAACAUCUCCUUUAAUAAGGCGGUAUAUGUCCGAACCACUUUGGACACUUGGUCCAGCCACUUUGACCUCCUGGCAGAAUACAUCCCUGGUUCUAGUGACAGUCUGACGGACUGUUUCUCAUUUAAGAUCACCUUAGUGCCCCCAUUCGAAGAGCAGGGAGCCAGAGUUGACUUUUGUCUGAGAUAUGAGACUCCUGUGGGGACAUUCUGGGCCAACAAUAACAACAGGAACUACGUGCUGUUCUGUCAUCAGAGAGAGAAAAAGAGAAAAGAGAAACCAAAAGGGGAAAAUGUUAACAAGAAAAGCUGCCUUAAGACAGCCGGACAGAACUUCUUCACUGUGGAUAACAUUUCUUCAGUGGAAGAUUUACCUCAGGAAAAUGUACUUACAGGUGUGUCAGACCAUGGAACAAAGGUGGACACUGUGGAAGCCAAGAAAAUCUCCAAUGGGCAGUCAGAAACAUCAAAGGAAGAAGGACAGAAGUUACUGGCCGAGAGCCAACAGAACUGCAGCCGAAGAAACCGCAGAAAGGCUGCACGGAUGGCUCGGGUGAAGGACUUCUUCGCUCAAAGAGACGGAGCAGCAUCUCAUUUCAAUGGCACUGAAAGAGAUGAAUCACCUCCAGAAGCAAAACAGGCAGCUCAAGAAGAAACCCCUGAGGAAAAGUGUUCCGAUGUGCAAUCCUUUUCUGAGGGGAACAGCAAACCAGAAGGCUCUCUGUUUGUUUCUGAAUCUCUGGAAGCAUGCAGCAAACCUGUCCUUGAUAUUCCACAUGAUACGUCACCAGCACAUGACUACACAUCUAACAGCAAGCCAGAGAAAUCUGAGACCGUCAAUUUAGCUGACUGGCCCACAUUAACAGGAGGCGAGAGUGCCACAGAUGACAUCCGAAAUGAUGAUCCUGCUCCUGCAGAACGCCAAAAUAUCAACAAGUCUGUCUCCACUGUUGAAGAAAGCAUUCAGAAGCAAGGCAUGAGUUAUGAAUUUCCUAGCAACAUUGCAGCAGAACCAGCUGACAGUGUUAUUUCAGCGACGAGCAGUGAGAGCCUUGUUAGCAAGACCAACAGCUUCACAUUUGGAACCGUGGUGGCUCCGCUGUACCAUCAGGUGUUUGGCAGAAUGGGAAGUGAAAGUCAGAGAGUACAUGAUGGGGGAAAUCCAGUACAGGCUCCACUGAAUGUUGGAAACUUACCUGAAAGUUACCCUCACGCUGAUCGAAAAGAGACCAGCUACACUGUUCCACCAGAGAUGAGAGAUACGAAGACUUCAAAUAGUCUUCCAGUUGAAGAAGACACAUAUUUGAGUCUGACAGCAAAUUGUAUGUUGGAGCAUGCAGAACCUCUGCAGGAUCCACUUAUGCCUUCAGACCAGAGAUGUUCAAAUACAGCUGAGGUUCCAGUAGAUAUUUCAGCUGACACAGUAGUACAUCCACUCUCUGUGACCAUUUUAAAUAAAGAUCUGUCAAAUCCACAAAUAUCCACUGAGAGUCUACAUCUCCAGGGAGAAGCACAGGAAGACAAUCUAACCCAUGACCUCCGAAGCCAAACCACAGCAGAAACAGCACAGGCUCAACUGCCAGACCUUACAUGUGCACAAAUUAAAGCUUAUAUAGAUGAAACACAUACACAAAGUGAAACUGAAGAAGUCAUGGCCAGUCUAGAAAUGUCAUUUAUGUCACUUGAAGCCUCUCAGAGAAUAGAAGGGUGUGUUGGUGAUGAGACAGACCAACAGGCCAGGUCAAACUACCGUAAAUGUGUACCUCAGUUAGCUCUAGAAUUUUGUGAAGAAACUAAUGAUGUGGAAGAAGAAAAUGAAAGGGCAAGUACGAGCAACUGUCACAUACGAGGUGACACGUUUGUGUCACUCAAAGAUAAAGACACUUUAAAAUAUGAAGAAAUUACUGUUUCAGAAAAAAUCAAAAUGGAGGCUGCUGUCUCAAAACAAGAGGAUUUUUGUUUAGCGAGCACUGCUGAGGUAAAAAACUGGGAAGUGAUGGUAGAAGAAGAGGAGGAAAACAUAUCAACAGAUGAAGAGGACAGUAAGCAGGCAGCAGGUUCAAAGGCAGAGGAUAAUGAAGAAGUGGAGAAGGUCCAAAGAGAACAGUUGGAGGAUGUGAGGACAGAGACAGCGUUGGAAACUAAAGGCACAACAGAGACAGAAAAAGAGAAAGCAGAGGAUGAAAUGGUGAGGACCAACUCAACUGAAAGAGAGACGGAGAACAAGGCUGAAGAUUCUGAUGCUUUAAAAGACAAACUGGGGCUUGGAGACAAACAAACUGGGGAGACCGUGGGAGGAAAAGAUAGGGAAGACAUUGAGAAACAAUUAGUGUGUGAUGAAAGUCCAAAAAUGGAAAAGGCAGCUGGAGAGGAAGAGCUAGCUGAGAAAAGGGAGGAACAAGAGGAAUCAGAGAAAGAAAAACAUUUUGCAGUGGUGCAAGAGUUCAAUACUGAAAGAAUAAAUGUUCAAGAAGAAGAAGAGCUAGAGAGGGAGGAUCAGGAAGUGGAAAUAGAUUUCAACAAUGAUGAUGAGGGAGGUGUGGAGUGGGAGGAUCCGAUAAAAACAAUGGAGGAAAAUGCUGAAGGGGGGAAUCCAGAUGACAAGGAGGAAAUUCUAGUUUAUGAAACAUCAUUGAGUGUAGAUGCAGAGUCAGAAAGCAUGACAAUAUGGGACGGGGAAAAUGAAGUGGGGUGUUUGGUAGAGAGGUUGGACGUGACACAAAACAGGAUUGGGGAUGGUUUAUCUGCUCCAGUGAACAGUGUGCAGGACGAGAAGGUAAUUGACAUGGAAAACACAGAAGAAGGCCAAAAUGCUUGCACCCCAAAUGAGAUGCAUCUUUACAAAGAGGACAAUUUUCCCAGCAGCGAGAAUGUUACACAUGACCUAUCAAAUGAUGCGGGAGAUGAGAGCGUAUCUGUCACUGCAGAGAUAAGUCCGUGCGUUUUUGCAGAUGAAACUGAAAAUGACCAACUCAGCCACGACAGCACAUCGGCAGAGUCUGACUCAGAUGAUGAGGUGGAGUUGUACAUGCACUGUCUGCGGGCUGUUCACAAUGGUGCACAGGCCCAUAAAGACAGGAACAAAGAUACAAGUCUUAGCUUGGGCAAAAGUGUGGGCUUCUCAGUAAACAGAAGCAAACUGCUGUCCACGCCCAUGCCAUCCAUCAGCGAAUCUCUGGAUGAAGAACAACACCUCAGCCGCCUUCAGGACAACCACGAAGAGAUGGAAACAGCAGACAUGCAAACCAUAGAUGCAGCUUUGCCAACAUCAAAUGGACAGGAAAGCAUCAACACAAAUGCUUCACGGUGGAUAGAGAAUUUUUCCUGUAGUAAUAUCUCAAAAACAUUGUUAUACGCCAUCCUGGUGGUGUUAUUUGUAGUUGUGGCUUACCAUUAUGAUUUUCUCGCCUGUUUUGGGCUCUACUUAGUAUCAGUGAUUUGGCUCUGCUGUCAAGGUGAGAGGCAACCAGUUAAACACACCAACAGAUUAGGUUGAACUAAAUUGGAAAAGUCUGUUUAAACUUUAGCUCUGUUGAUUUACUAGAUCUUAACUACUCCCUUUUUGCUCCAAAAGACUGCAUUGAAAUUUGUUAUUUCCCUUCCUUUGAAGACAUUCGAACAAGGCCCACAAAAUUAGUAAAAAUCUAAAGAGAAGGAGAAGCAAAAUAGCAUACAUGAGUGAAACAUAACGGGCAUUGAUUUAAAGCAUAUGACACAUAUGAGAAAGAAAACUGUAUGUUCCCUAUGGGAGGAUGUUAACUCUCUGUUGUCAAGAGUAUGAACCAAUUUCCUUCAUGCUUUACUGUACAUAAAGCUUAGCGUCAACAGGCAGCGGACCACACACGGAUCAUUUCUUCGGAGUGUUAUUGUAUUUUGAGUUGUAAAUGAAACUCAUCAGUAUGCCGUGUGUAGAUGCCACCUAAGAAUAAUCCUGUUUGUGUAGGGCACACUUAGUUUGUAUGUAAUGAAUAAAUUAUACC